UACUACACCGUGGUUGGUGACAACAAGGCAAUCCUAGUCACCAAGGAUUGGCUCAACAAGGGAAAAGCGCAUGGGGAUGUCUUGAUGACCUUUAAAGCAAGCAAUCGCUGCUACUGGUACUACCCCGAGGAGCUCGUGGCACCAUCUGUGUCUGCAUCUCACGAGUCUACCGCGCUCGCUUCCCUGGAAACUACCGAUCGUGAAUUGUGGCAUAAGCGUUUUGGUCAUGCGGCUCGGAGGACCCUUACUCACUUGCCGACACAAGUUGAAGGUGUUCCCCCCUUGCGACGCAAUAAAGACCAGCGCGGCAUGUGCGAUGGAUGUAUGCUUGGAAAACAGCACAAGCAUCCGUACCCUGCAUCAGAGAAACGUGCUAGCAAACCCCUCGAGCUUAUCCACACUGAUUUGAUGGGCCCCUGGCCUACUCAGUCGUUGGAAGGUUCACGCUACACAAUUUCGUUCUACGAUGAUUUCUCGAGC